AUGACUAAGACAGUGUUGUUACUGAUGUGCCUGAUUUUCAUCUUUUCUGUGGAUGCUGAAGACAAGUCAACACAGUACCGAAUGCCCGCAUGUGAGGGCAUAACUUUGACUUCAGUCUGCCCUCUUAUCUAUGAUCCUGUCUGUGGAAGCAAUGGCAUGACCUACGCCAAUGAGUGUGGCCUAUGUGUCCAUCGCCUGCAAACCAAUGCAGACAUCAUGAUUAUUACAGAUGGGAGCUGCUGA